UUUGGCAACUUAACAACUGGUAUUGUGCAGGUUGCAUUGGACCAUGUUAUGUCUGAAGUUUGUUUAAAUACAGUGUUAGUUGUCUAUAUCCCAGCAAGUGUGUGGCGUUACGAGUUUUUUGUUUUACAUGUACCCGCUGAUGUUGCAACCAAACGUAAAAAUACUUUGUAUGUUUGAGAAUAUGACUUUGUAAAUGAAAGGGGAAUCCGACAUCGUUCAAAGAAUUCAUUUGGUUUGCAAAGCAUUCUAUGUCGUCAAGGAAGUCUACAGUGAAGGCGAGUAUCGAGGCGCAACAAAUAACAUACGCGCAGAAGGCAUUGCUUCUCUUCAAAAAAAAAAAAAAAAAAAAAAAAAUGGAAAGGAAAAGUCGAACGAAGUAAGACGAGCAAGGAAGAGAGUCGCCUGCAUUGUAAUGAUAAUGCCUCUUUUGCAACACAAAUAUUAACUUCAAAAGUCAACUACUCUGAUCCAGGGGCAGACGUUAAUACAAGCGAAGUGACCAUAAAAAGCAAACAUGUAUUUUCUCAUCGUGGUUUUCACUCAGUUUGUUUCCAGGAUACCUCAUGUACUAUCCGGAAAUCUGAAUUGCGUUAAUGACUUUGAAGCAACAAUGGCGUGUGCCUUGACGUAUGAUAAGCAUGUCAACUGCAGUGGAUAUAACUUAGUCCUAGUACCAUCACUUUCGAACAAGAAUUAUGUAUGCACCUUCACGGAAAACAGCAGUAACUCAUAUUCCCCAUUCAAAUGUGGAUGUACAGUUCAAAUACCAAAGCCUAUUACUGGGGAUGAAUACACUGCAAAUCUUUUGAAAGGAAAAAAUACAGUCAAUUCAGUCAAGAUCAAGCCAUCAGAAAAAAUAAAACCCAAAGCACCUGUCAUAAUUUCCGUGGAUCAAACAGACGCUGGAAAUUUCAAUGUCACUUGGAAGACAAAUUACCUUGAAUCAACACCUUUCUCCGAGAGCUUGAAAACUCAGCUGAGCUACAAAAUGAAAGGAGAUGCAGAUGAGGUUGCCAAAACAGUUAAUGCCACUCUACCCUUCCAAGAGAUACUAGGCAGGGAGCUAAAGGCUAACAGGGACUAUGUCAUAAAAGCAAGAUCAUUUUCCAUGACGUUCAACUCCCAGUUUAGUGACUGGAGUCAAGAGGUGGAGUGGAGAAACCCUGCAUCUACUCAAGACCAAUUGAAAAUAGUCAUCCCUGUUCUCUGUCUGCUGCUCAUCAUCAACAUCUGCGUUUGCCAUCGGUGCUACAUGAAACUGAAGGCCAGCUGUGACAAAAUCCCCGAUCCAGCAAAGGCACCACUGGACAAAAUAAUUCCAACAAAUGCAAAGGUUCUUCAGCCACCCAAGGAUCCACCCAUCAGCCCUAUAGACGUUUUCACAAUGGAAAAGCCAUGCAAACAUCUGCUGUUAGAGGUCAGCAGUGUACCAGUUGAGACAGAUCCAGGCUACAAGUCUGUGAGCAGCAAUUCUUCAGGAAAAGACAGUGGUCUCAGCUCAUCUCCAGACAGUCAUCCUCAGUGCCUGACUGGCUCUCAACACUCUUUGUGUUCUACCGACUCCUGCUACAGAAGCAUUCCAUAUGGCCUGGUGUCUGUUGAGAAGCUCAUGCCUGCAGAGCAACCUCUCAAAUUCUUAAUGCGCCCCAGCACCACCGUAGCAGCUGACAGCAAUUGGAGCUCCAGUGAGGUCUUCAGGGCCAACCCUGGAGAAACUAACCUACAAUCAAGGUUUCAGAUCUCCUCAGAUGUAGAUCAUCACAUUAUAAAAUCACUUUCCUGCAGUGUGAACCCAGCCUAUGCCGGCUUGCCCUCACAUAGCUGCACUUUAGCCCCUUGUGAAGAGGGCUACCAGGCACAUCAAAGACUGUUGUUGCAGAAUAGCACAGAUGUGUGGUCUUCAGUGGAUAGCACAGAUGUGUGGUCUUCAGUGGAUAGCGAUGAUCAGGAGGUCUCAGUGGACAGCAGUUACCAUGAGGUCUUCUCAAAGACAGAGUUUGGACAGGUCAUUCCCCAGUUCCCUGUGCCAAAAGGAAUCCCUGGCAUUAUAACCUGCAUCUCUGGCUAUGAAAGUGUUCAAAACCUGAGGGAGGAAGACCACUUUCAGAGGAAAGAUGUUCCUCAGACAACUAUUUGCCCUCUUCAAAACAUGGAAAUUUUAGUUGAUGACUCAUACCACAGGAUGUAGCAUAUAUGAAAAAAGCCACUACAUCCAUUUUAUUUAUUAUUAUUUUUUUAUUUUUCUUUUAAAUCAAGUUGUUCUGGAUCAGGAGUGUAGCACACAACAAACUAACCUCACAUCUACAAAUAAUAAUUGCAUAUAGGAUUAAUUUCAUGCUAAAAACUAAACAUAUAGGGUUAAUCUGUGUGAAACACUUUCCACAAAAGAAACAACACACAAAUAAUAAGGGCAUUUUAAAGAAAGAGCUUUUGUUCCAACCCAAAGAUUUAGUUUGCUACUUCAUGAAUGCAAGCAGUAGAUCACUCUUGAAUUAUAAAGAAAAAUGAUGCAUGCAGUCUUGCUACACAGCAGCAUCAAACUUUGAAAUCAAACUGAACAGUAGCUCUAUUGCUUAAAAUUAACUGCAUUUUGCAUACUGGAAGACAUAGCAGAAUGGAACAAAGCAAUGUGUUACACUACCAGUGGGAACAGGUCAUUGUUGAGCUUUUCAGAAACUACAAUAAUUUUUAGUCCUUACAUGAGAAAGUUCAGUUUGUACUUUAUUGUCAGAGUUUCUUAUCCAGAGCGACUUGCAUAUGUUAAAAUUUUUGCAUGUCAUCCAUUCAUACAGCUCGA